AUGCACCACCAGGCCAGCCGCCUUGUGGCCCGGUUCUCAGAACUCCACUUCUGGCAUUGUUUAGACUUGAGCAGGAGGGUUCUGCAGCUUGCUGCUCAGAACGGCAGGUUUGUGGCAUACCAGGUCAUCAACCACGAGGUUUCCCUAUAUUGCUCGCUAUCCGAGCGCACUGUUUUCCUCAACCUUUGCCCUCUUUUCGCUUUGUUCAUCGAGCCGCUGGUCCUGCCGUCAACCGUGUCCAAGAGCUUCAAUGCGACGUUCUCUUCGAAGAUGGCACUGGUUACCAUGGCCUUCGGCGCGCUCUUGUUUAGUCUGCAAUACCCAGAGUUCUCUGCAGACGGAGCACGAGCAGCAGGACUUCUGGUAGCCAUCGUCCUGCCCUACCGGCUGCUCCAGAGGAUGUUGCUGGCCGAGUGCCGAGAGGCACCUGCGACUUUGCUUUGCGCGUUCGACGGUUUGCUUCUCGCUCUUCCAGCGGGCGUCCUCACAACCGUAAAUGAACGAUUUUUUCUGGAAGCCUGGAACGUGUGGCUUCACAAUCCUUCGAUUAUGUUAAUGCUAGCCUUGUCCGUGUUCGCGUUUGUCGGCAAUCACUUGGCAGUCCUCUACCUGCUAAAGGCCACGUCUGCGACGUCUACACUCGUCUUUAACAAUUUGGCAAACUUCAUUGUUGUGUUCGAGGGCAUCGUCUUCUUCUCAGAUCCCGUGCUGCAGGCACCGCUUGUAAUGGCCGGCAUCAUCUUCAGCCUGUUCGGAGGUAUUUGGUAUGCCUUAUGCUCAGCUUGA